CUCGUCGCGUUCCAGUCACGUCCACCGAAUAUGGAAGGCACCCAACGUUGAGUUGCCACUCUCACUCAAUUCCUAGCUGUGUGUUAUAUACCAUCUUUCAAAAUUACUUUCUCUCUUCUCUCAAUAUCGAGAUGACUUCUCACGACUUUCGCUGAACAGCACACGAAACAGGCGGGAUGCCCGACGACGAUUCAUGAAUGAUGUCAUGGCCAUUUUGGGCAUUAUCUCCAUCCCAUGAAUUGGAUAUUUGGAUAUCAGUGUAAAGGAUCUCAAUCACCACCAUGGUUGGAAAUAAUCUUCUCGACAAGAACUCGGCUUCUGUACGGAAGAACAUCGACAACCAUGCCUUCACCGAUGAAGGCGGCGACGAGUACGGGGGCAGCCGCUUUGGAGGGUUCGCCGACUACUUCCAGAACAAACAGAUCAAGCUCCAGAACCGCGACGCCCAGUUGCGCUCUUCUGCCAAAGACAAACCUCAGUUCUUCAAAGGAGUUGUCGUCCACGUUGUUGGGUACGUCCAGCCUUCAACCAACGACCUACACGAUAUGCUGGUCCAACAUGGCGCUGGCUGGCUCCAGUAUCUCAGUGGAAAGACGAUGGCGACGCACAUCAUUGCCUCGUCUAUGCCGCCAAAGAAGGUUGUAGAUUUGGCCAACUACCGAGUGGUCAAGCCGGCUUGGGUGGUGGAUUCUGUUGCGGCAGGAAGGAUGUUGCCAUGGACCGAUUACCGGGUUAUUGAAGAGGGGCCAAGACAGCGAACCAUCAAGUUUGAUGCUGGAAAGAUGCUGAGUAGUCAACCGCGGCAGCAGACUCCUCAGCGGUAUCGUGAACAGACGGAUAACAGCUUUUACACCAGCCAGUUGAAGAAGUUCAGCAGUCCGGCACAGCCAAAGACUCCCUUCAAAUCUCCCUCAGCAACAGUAAACGAUAAUAUCGAGGACUUCGAGGAUGAUAUGAGCGUCGAUCUUUUGCAAGCGCCAGCUUCAUCCAAGUCAGAGCCUCUUGCUCCCGCUGAGCCUGAUGCACCUUCAAACCAGCGACCCGACACUCCUCCGUACCGAGCUCCUUAUGAAGCUUCUCCAGAAGCCCGACCUGCUACUCCAGAUAUUGCCGAACCAGAAAAUGCAGAGCCAGCAAGUGCAGAGACAGAAAAGCAUGAGGAAAUGCAGCCAGCAAAACCGAUGACCUCGGAAGAGCACAACGCCAGACUACUUGCAGAUCCCAAGAUGAGAAAGGCUUCGACCGCAAAUCCCGACUUUCUCAAGCAGUACUACUCCGAAAGUCGUCUGCACCACCUGUCCACAUGGAAGGCACAGCUAAAGUCCCGGAUGCAGAGCCUAGCCGCCGAAAAGGGUCCAGCCAAGAAGUCGGCCAAGCGGCCUGCUGGUUCUCGCCGGUACAUCAUGCAUGUCGAUUUUGACAGUUUCUUCUGUGCUGUCUCCCUGAAGAAGGCGCCAGAGUACCAUGACAAGCCAGCUGUGGUAGCUCAUGGUAAUGGAAGCGGUUCUGAAAUCGCCUCUUGUAACUACCCAGCCCGAAAGUUUGGAGUCAAGAACGGCAUGUGGAUGAAGCGCGCCCUGGAGCUCUGUCCAGAUCUGAAGAUCUUACCUUAUGAUUUUCCUGGAUACGAGGAAGCCAGUCGGCAGUUUUACGAUGCUAUCCUCGAAAUUGGCGGGGUCGUUCAGAGUGUCAGUAUCGACGAGGCACUCAUCGAUGUCACUGACAUCGUCAUGGCCGAAGCUGGGUCCAAGGGCGUUGGCAUCAGCGAAGGAAGCGUCUGGAGGGAACAGAAGAAAGUAGAUCAGAUGGCUUUGAAGCUUCGGGAACGCAUCAAGGAGAAGACGGAUUGUCAUGUUUCUGUUGGCAUCGGUGCUAACAUCUUGCUGGCCAAGGUUGCCCUUCGCAAAGCCAAGCCUGCUGGACAAUACCAAAUCAAGCCGGAAGAAGUGUUGGAUUUCCUCGGCGAGCUCAAGAUGGAGGACCUACCAGGCGUUGCGUACAGUAUUGGUGCAAAACUCGAAGAGCUUGGCAUCAAGUUCGUCAAAGACAUACGGCAGAUCAGCAAGGAGAAACUCGUCUCGGCAUUAGGCCCGAAAACAGGAGAAAAGCUGUGGGAGUACUCGCGGGGUAUUGACAGGGCUGAAGUUGGGGAGCAACCGAUCCGAAAGUCAGUGUCGGCCGAUGUAAACUGGGGCAUCCGCUUCAUCAACCAAGAGGAGGCAGAGGAGUUCGUGAGGAACCUGUCACAGGAACUGGAGCGUCGGUUAUUGAAUGAGGGCGUCAAGGGGAAGCAUCUGACCAUGAAGAUCAUGAGACGAGCGGCUGAUGCUCCUCUUGACCCACCAAAACAUCUCGGUCACGGCAAAUGUGAUACCUUCAACAAGAGCGUGUCCUUUGGCGUUGCGACCAACAGUGGAGAGGUGAUCGGAAAGGAAGCCGUUGCAAUUCUGCGCUCGUACAAGUUCAGCCCGGGUGACCUUCGUGGGUUGGGGGUCCAGAUGACCAAGCUGGAACCCCUAAAGCCGUCUGCUGCACCACAGGGAAGCCAAAAGAAAUUGAGUUUUGGUGCAGCAGCGAUAUCCUCGGCGAAGAAGCGGAAGGCUGAGGCCAUUGAUGAUGAUGAGCCUCAGAGUCCGGGAAAACAUAGGUCUUCGGCACAUGACGAGAAGGAUCCUAUCACCGCUGACCCCCUCACACCUCGAAAACCGAAGGGCCACCCAGCAUUGCAUCUCGCAAGGGCUGGCGAGGCAGAUGAGAAGGCCAAGACGCCGCUCAACGUCAGAGGAACUCAGUUUAUCAUGCCUUCUCAGCUCGACCCAUCUGUGUUGGCUGAGUUGCCAGAGGAAAUUCGGUCCAAGAUACUAGACCAAAUGAAGGCACAACCCAACAGACGCACAGAUUCCAAGCCUCCUCAACCGGUCAGCAGGAAAGCCCUUCCAAACCAUGCAGAAAUCCCACCCGACAUUGACCUUGAAGUGUUCAACGCUCUCCCGCCAGAAAUGCAAGCCGAAGUCCUCGCUUCCUACCGCCGCAACACAGCAGCACAAGCAGGUCCAAGCCGCCAGCCACAGCCUCAAGGGGGAGGUGGCGGCGGUGGUGGGCAAACCCUUCUCCCGCAAUCUCCCCGCAAAGACCGAAUCAUCAACCGCCCCGUCGACCGUCUCCGCACGCCCACCAAGCGCAGCCGCGGUCGUCCUCCAGCUUAUCUCAAGGAGAAGGAGCGUGACCUCAAAGCCGGUCUCCGCCAAGCGUCCCUAAUCACUGCAGCCCGCCCACCAAACCAGGGUCAGGGUCAGGGUCAGGGUCAGGGUCAGGGUCAGGGUCCCGGCGAUUAUUCCCGACAACCUUCGGUUGAAAUCGACCUUCCUCCACUAGACCCCGACUUCCUGUCCGAACUCCCUGAAGACGUCCGGCGCGAGGUAAUCGAAGACCACGCCCGCCAACGCCGGCAGCUUGAGCGGCAGGCUCAAGAGGCAGCUGCUGCUCAUGCUCGGGAGCAGCAAGAGCAUCAUAGUCGACAUGUCAAUCUGAUCGCGGUAGACGUUGAAUCAGCCAAGCAUUACCUCCUCCUCCGACGAGGACAGGCCGGAAACAACAACAACAACAACAACAACAACAACAACAACAACAACAACAACAACAACAACAACAACAACAACAACAACAACAACAACAACAACAACAACAACAACAACAACAACAACAACAACAACAACAAUAACAACAACAACAACAACAACCCUCAGCUCCAGUUCCCCAACAACCAGAACCCAAAUUCAAUAAUCCACGAUGACCGGCAAUUCCCACCACCACCCCCCGCCGGCCGUCACCACCACCCUCUCUUCGGCCCCCCACCAAACUGGGGCCGCACGAACCGCGACCCACGGCGGAUCCACUGGCCCGGUCCCCCUUCCAAAGCGACCUUCAAAUCCGCGGACUUGCCUGCGGGUGGGGGGCAGAUGAAGGUCACGGACACGGCGGCGGUGAGGAGGAUGAUUCGGUCGUGGUACGUGUCGACGGAAGGGGAGCAGGGGGGGCCGAGUAAGGUUGACAUGGAGGUGUUGGAGGAGUAUCUAUUCAAGGUGGUUACGUUGGAGAGGGAUAUGGAGAAGGUUAGGGGUAGAUGGAGUGGACGGAGUGGAAGAGGGGAAUAAUCGAGGUGGUGUUGACGGUGACGAUGAGACAGGAGAAACGAUAAGUGAGAAGAAGAAAGGCAAGAUGACAGCCAAAGUGAAAUAUACCUGGCCAGAGGCGGUAGAGGUAAUCAAGGCUUCUGUGCAAGAAGCCAUGAAAGAGAGGGGCUU